AUGCAUGUUUCAGCUGUUAUUCAUCCGCUUAUCCUUACUCUCGCCUGCGUGGAAACGGCUGAUGCAAGCUUCAUCGGCGCCGCUGUCAGGGGUGUCCGUGCCGGCACAACGGCCGGUCGCAUGUCGGGCAGCGUCAACACCUUGGUCCAGAACGCAUUUCGCAACGUCCGCACCAUGUUGACGCCUGGAACUGGCCAGAUGGCUACUAGGAUCAAGGAUCGCGCGGCUGCUGUUCGCCAGGCCAUGACCCUCUCGGAAGAGGGAAAGAAGUUCCUCAAGUUCGGCAUUUUGAGCAGCACCAUCUCUGGGACUGUGUCCGGCACCAUCUCCGGAAAUAUUAGCAAGAACAGUAAGAAGACACGCCGUCUGUACACCGACCGCUCGGAGCUUCUAUCUCGUGAGCUCCUGGCCCGCCAGGAUGAGGUCGCUGAGCCUGGUGCCGCGCCCGAAGGCAUCAGCCAGUACGAGUGGGACCUCUGCUUCUGGGACACUGUUACUGCUGCCCACGUUGUAAUCUCAGGCGAGAACAAUUGGAUCCAGAUGGACGGCCUUCCCCCCGUCUGUGUCAUGAUGAACGACAAUCUGGCCGGGGACCCUGAAGCUGGCACCGGUAUCAAUUGCGGUGAAGGCUGCAUUCGAUACGAAAACCUUUCGCCCGAGGACUUCAACUCCAUGGCUGAUUACCUCAAUGGCCUUGUACCUUAA